AACCACAUAUAGAGGACCACUGAAAACAGCAGCAGGUUCCAUCUAAUGGAGUAAAGGGACACAGAGACUGGUGCUCAAAUGUUGUUCCCCCCACGUUGAGCUUAGGUAUUUAAACAAAACCCAGAAAAGCUGCCUCCCCAGAAAGGAUGUGGACGCAAGACUGGUACUGAAUCAGAGGUAAGGAGGGGGAAAUGGUUGUCCAAUCAGAGGCUGAGAAAAAAGGGGGAGAUAAAGAGUGAAAUCAUGAUGCCAGAGCAGAAGCAGCCUCAUUUGAGGAAUUUUGUAUCUGGGUUGGUGUGGAUGCAGGAGCUGAGAAGCACUGCUGUCGGUUCGCUCUUCACGAUCAGUCUCUCUCAUACAAAGGUGGCCAGAGGCUGAGGAGACUAGUAGGAGGAGGGGGGUCCAUCACAGACAGAGGUGCCCCCUGUCUCCAGACACCUGCUGCUGGCGAGCAGCUGAUAUUGAGGACACUGUACGACUGUGUCUGUGCACGAGUGUGUGUGUGUGUGUGUGUGUGCAUGUGAAUUAGCCAACGACAGAAAGCAGGGCGAGGGGGAGAUUUCAGCCCGACCGAUGCUCCCCUGCAGGCUUGAGGGGAUCAGGACUUUCUUCCCUCGCAUCUUUGCAUCUGUGUCCCAGAAGGAGGAGGAGGGACGCACAGGCACGGACCACAGAGAGGGUUUCGAGGGGAUCUUGCACCGCUCAUGCCCCUGCUCUCCUCUCUGAGGGAUGGGCACCACAGAGGCGACUCUACGCAUGGAGAACAUGGAAGUGAAAGACGAGUGGCAGGAUGAAGACUUCCCCAGACCACUACCAGAGUACGGAGACAUGGAUCCCUCCUGUGGUCUCACAGACAACAGAGGCUCUCCCCCUAACUCCCUGAACGUGAGCCCUUCCGGAGGAGGAGAUGGCGGCGGGUCUUCAUCCCACCGUAAGCGUCGCACGUUGCUCGCCCCGGAUAUGAACCUGUCCCUGGAUCACAGUGAGGGCUCUCUGCUGUCAGAGGACUUCCUGGACACACCGGACGAUCUGGACAUCAACGUUGAUGACAUGGAUACACCAGACGAGACGGACUCACUGGAGUUCAUCACCAAUGGGAACGAGUUGGAGUGGGAAGACGACACUCCGGUGGCCUCGGCCAAGGCAGGUCCCGCUAACGGCUCAGGAGAAGUGGACGAAGAGGGGAACACCAACAAUGGACGCCUCUGGAGAACAGUAGUCAUCGGCGAACAGGAGCAUCGUAUUGACAUGCAGGUCAUCAGACCCUACGUACGGGUGAUCACACACGGGGGAUAUUACGGAGAGGGUCUCAAUGCCAUCAUUGUGUUCUCUGCCUGUUACCUGCCUGACAGCAGCUGUCCAGAUUAUCACUACAUCAUGGAAAACCUCUUCCUGUACAUGGUGAGCAGCCUGGAGAUGCUGGUGGCUGAAGAUUAUCUGAUCAUCUACAUGAACGGAGCCACGCCUCGCAGUAAGAUGCCCGGGAUCAGCUGGCUCAAGAAAUGUUACCAGAUGAUUGACAGAAGAUUGAGGAAGAACCUGAAGUCUCUGGUCAUCGCUCAUCCAACGUGGUUCAUACGAACAGUCCUGGCUAUAUCCAGGCCUUUUAUCAGUGUGAAGUUCAUGAAUAAGAUCCAGUAUGUCCACAGUCUGGAUGAACUGGCCGAGAUCGUCCCCAUGGAGCAUGUCCAUGUCCCAGAGUGUGUUGUGCAAUUUGACGAGGAGAGGAUUAAUGUCCGGAGGGAAAGGAUGGAGCAGGAGCAGAUGCAGCAGGAGCAGCAACACUCAGUCCCUCAGGAGACAGUGAAAAAGUCUGCAAGGCCAAAGUCGAUGAUAGCAGAUCAGUAGUGGUGAAAAGGACAGAACUCUGCAGGAUGUGACUUAGGUGUUGAGAAUAAAACCUUUGAUUAAGAAGCAGCUUCCUUAUCCUACCAACAUCCAGCUGAAGAUUUGUGCCAUCGUCCUCCAGAUGAAACUCUGAGCGCUUCAUCUUUAAUCCUUCUGUCUGGAACCCUGGAACCAUCUUGUUCUGUCUCUGUGGGAGGUGUAGAUAUCGCUGGGGACGACGUUAAUCCACUGAGCUUCAGAACUUUGCAAGAACUGUUUAUAUCUGAAAACUGUGUUCAUCAGUUCAUUACCCCGCUGUGUGGUCUCCUAUAUUGACAUGUUGCAUCAUCCUGAGGCUCUAUAAGCCGGGAACAAGGACAGAAAAUCAAUCUACAAUAACUAAAAUAAUAGAAAGUUGUUAUUUUUUAUUCCGCAGCUUGUUAAUAGGAGUAAAGUCACUGCAUUAACACAAAAACAUGCAGAUGUUUGCUUGAAAUCUAAGUUGUUUUAAGAGUUCAUUGUAACCUUUUCAUUUGACAAGAGGGUCUGACUUAAACCUGAGGGGUUGAAUAGAAACUGUGCUCGUGUCUGUGUGACAUCACCAGAUCACUGUGAUCAGACAAAUUUAUACUGACGCUGGUGUGUCAAUGUAAUGCAGAUAUAAUAAUGAUGUUACUCCAUAUGAUCAGAGGCCUUCAUCUUUUAUUUUGUUUGCAACAUAGUUGCUGUAUACGUCAAAUGCUCUCUUACUGUAUUAACAUUUUGAAGAUGUUGAAAUGUACUAACACUCUCCGACAUAUAGGGAUAAUUUACAGUUCUUCUUCCGGAUCUCACAGCUUCCUCUGUGGUCUUCCAUCUAUCGUGUGACCUUAUGUCACGAUGUGCCUCAGUUCUCCUUGUGUUCAUAAUCAUACAUGUUUUAAACUACCUGCACAUUGAUGAGUCUAUUUUGUGUCACAUGUGGCCACACAACAGAUUUCAUACAUUGCACUGACAUGCUUUGGAUGUCAUUAUUUUGUGUCAUGCAGCCUACAUAUUCUGUGCAUGGAAAAUAGUUACCCUCGAGAUACAGAAUACUGUCUGAAAUCUGUGUGUAAGUGACGGCAGUCAAGACAAAAUAGACAGAUGUUGCAUUUUAUGGUUCUUUCAUGAGCAGAACAUGUCUAAAUCAUUUAUAAUAGACUUCCUUCUGAUAGUGAGCAGGAUUACUUACCAUAUGUUCAUUAGAAAAAACAAUGUUUAAAAUGUACAUUCUAAUUAAAAUCUGAGCUGACAUUUGUUGUCAGCUCAGAUUGUGGAAACAUGUUAUCACUGCGGACGAUGCAUGAUAAUAUGCAUCCUCUUCCAGGAAGGUCGCAGCUGAGGCAUUUGGAUCUCAAUACUGAGGGAUGCCGUUAAUGUAGCGUAUUCUUAUAUUCUUCCUGAAAUAAGUCUUAUUUGACAUGUGCAUUUCUUCUUUGCAUGUAUAAUGCAAUUGAAUAGACAUUUGCUGGGGAUUCCUCCAAUUCUUUCUCAUCUUCAAUUAUUGUAGCAGGAGGAGAAAGAGAUUUUAUUUUUGUAAAGAACUGCCUGUAUACUGUUGAUAUGUUUUGCACUGUAGGAUUUUCUUAUCAUGAUUUUAUCAUAAAAACUAGAGACUGUGAUAGA